AUGGCAGAAACUCCACCUUCUGCGUCUACACCGACGACGCCCACGAAAUCUAGCGCUCUAGCAAACUGGCUUCCACGAUCUCGGGCUCCCACAAUCUCAAAUGAGGAUCAAACAGCAGCGGAGAAAGAUAAGACUAUUACACUGGUAUCCGAUCCCGUAUAUCGCAAGUAUGCACAGUCUGUAGAUCGCAGCUUGAACGCCUUUCUUGAUGUACAGGAAUGGGCAGAUUUCAUUGCAUUCCUAGCCAAACUGUUGAAAUCAAUACAGAGUUUCACGCAGUACAAUGAAAUUCCCCAUAAACUUAUCGUCUCCAAGCGUUUAUCACAGUGUUUGAAUCCUGCCUUGCCGACAGGUGUACAUCAGAAAGCACUCGAGAUAUACGACAAGAUAUUUAUUAUCAUAGGCUUCGAGGGUUUACAACGUGAUUUACAAAUGUGGUCAGCUGGAUUAUUCCCCUUCUUCCAAUAUGCAGCAAUGUCUGUUAGACCCGCUGUAUUGGAGCUCUACAAAUCUCAUUACUUCCCAUUACGCGCUAAUUUACGAUCUAUAAUGAAGUCUAUCACUCUAUCACUUUUACCCGGCCUUGAGGAAGAAACAGGUGACUUCUUUGAUGAGGUUCUGUCGAUGUUAGACUACCUCAGCAAUACUGUAUCACCAGAUUACUUCCUUCAGAACAUUUCACUUAUUCUUCUUACUUCACCAGCUUCACGCAUACCAGCUCUCAACUACCUCAUACGCAAGAUGCCAACUCUCAAUACGGACGAAGACGUGAUAUUCCACCUCAACUCGGACGCGAACAUACUCGUGCGAGGUAUUUCAUCAUCCUUGAUUGAUACAGACAUGUUUGUACGGCGCUCAGCUCUCGACCUGCUCAAUUCUGCAUUAUCCAUCAAUGGUCUCAUCCUACAGAAGUAUUCUAAAAAGGAUUUUCAAGUCGACUUAAGUAGAAAUGCCUGCAACGUUGUUCUGAGGAGGGAUAUCUCGUUGACGAGACGUUUAUAUUCAUGGUUACUUGGAUCGAGUGAUGUCAAAGAAGUACAAAGUGAACACUUUGAAAAGUUUAGCUUGCCAUUGAUUAGGAUAUGGAUGCUUUCGGAUAUGAAUUCUACCAAGUCAUUCGAUAGUCGGCCGUAUAAAAUAUUCAUUUCUCUCUUGGACAAAUGGGAAAUUGGCAACAAUUUGACAGAGAACGUAAUUACAGAGAUUAUAAGAAGUCUCAAGUAUCACCUAGAGAAUGAAAAUGAUAGUGCAGACGUAAAAAUUAUCACCAGCAUGGUCUUGGAAACUGUUGAUAUACGCUUACUCUGGAAGGCAAUGAAUGAACAAAUUACGGUAGAAUAUGGUGGUCAAUCGGACCUGUUCGAGUCAAUCGAUUUGACGUCCAUGAUCAUUGACAACAUUUCACCUAAAGAUGAAGAACAUGCCCGACUUCAUUUCCCAGUUCAGUUGGUCAACAGUCUAAAUUUGGCUUACACAGAUCAACAGUCUGAGAACUCCAAAUUAAGCCUAUUAGAACACACUUUAUACCUCACUCAGAAAUUGAUCAGUCAUAUCCCAGACGAUGUCUUCGGAAAGAAUGCCAGUUUGGUCAAGGAUGGCCACCAUUAUACAUCCGAUUGGGAGAGUAUCGCCAAAGCAUAUUACACAUCUAAUGAACAUAUACCUCAAGUAGACACACCUGACACACUGUAUGAAGCGUCGUUCAGACUUCUCAUAUUAAUCACUUCUUCAUGGGGUCAAGAACUAUCUGACACAAGCGCUGUGAAGGUUAGCUAUGAUACCUUAUACAAAUUGAUACAUUUAAGGAAAUCCGAUAAAAUACUGAGUGGGAAAUGCAGAGAGUUGAUCAGUGGAUGGUUUGAAGUAGCUAUGAAGUUCAUAUCAAUCUCGAAAGAUUUCGAAACAUUAAAAUCACUGAUUGAGUGCAUUUUGAUUAUCAGAGAAGCAGGAUUGGAAGAAGACGAAAUGUACCUCAAAUGGAUGAAUAGAGAGGCGCACGAAACUCUUCUCAAGUCACUGCUCAAUCAUAUAAAUCAGGAGAACCCAACAAAUCACUCAUCAGUCGUCGCUUUAAUGCAAGACAUUGAAAAAACCACAUCACGCAAGCACAUUAGCUCUCUUCUUUCUAGUAGGUUAUAUGAUAACAAUCUUUCCGCUCGGAUGGAAGCAGUCGAACAAUUUGGCAUCAUAUACAACUUAGUGGAAUCAUCGGAUAUACCAGUCUUAGACGUCACAGUCCCUGUAUCGAAGUUUUUUAGUUAUCAGACUUUCGGGAAUGCAGAUGAGAUGCAGGUAAACGCUGUAUGGCUGAAGAACAACUUCAAAAGUUCUAAACAAUUAGCUAGUACUUAUAUCUUUAAUGUUUCAAAAGUUGAUCAAUAUAUGAAGCUUGUCAAGCGAUCGGAUGUUCACGGAAGCGAGGUUGAAUGUUACGAGUAUUUCCAGAACUUUGAUCAAGAGAUUGUGAUAUACAGUCUCCAACAGUUGUUGAAACUUAGCGAGCACAGCGGUACAGCAUUUUGGAGACAGUUGAAUACUGAAAAGCAAGACGUUUUACUUUUUGAGCAGCUAUUAAAACUUCUGAAAACUGAGCCAUCUGAAAUUAUAAAAGAGACUUUGCAACCAGGUAGCAAAGAUGUACAGAUGGCCUCUAUGAGGCUAUUGAUUGAACUCAUAAGUAACUGUUCCAUGGCUUCCGAUAAAUACAUGGCAGCUGCAAUUACUAUUUCCAACUACUUAAACUACCAUUUGCACUUCAAUAACCUGGAUGUCCAACCAAAAGCCAUUGAACUUUUGACUGCCACUCUCGAACAUUUCGACUUCAAUGAUUUAGAUGAUGUUAAGGAUCUGGGCUCAUCAGUUAUCAAACUCUUGCACGGGGCAAUUUCGACAGCAAGUUCUCAGAUGUCACUGAGACACUGGCUUGAUAUGACAGUCCUCCUGGUUGAAGACUAUCCAUCUCUUAUUCGAAACCACAAGCUUGAAGCGGGAUACAUAGUUUGCGACAAACUAGGCAAUAUGUUGGAUACGCUCGAUUUGUCUGAGAACAUUCCAAGUCAAAAUGACCUAUCAUCUAUAUUGGCCGCAUUAGAUGUCAUUUUAACGUUCAAUUUGGAUGAUUUAUACUCAUCAUCUUCGACAAGCCACGACAUAACAAUCAUUAAUCAAACAAUGACGCUAGUCAGAUCCACAUUCAGGAGAUACACGAAGUUGUAUUUCGCAUUACAGGAUAGAAAGAACAACAUCUACAAUAUGCUGAUAGCUCAAUGUCAGCAGAACAUUUUCAACUUGUUCGAUAAAAGGCCUUCAGAGAUGGUUGAUUUGGCAGUUGAGCAUCAUCAUCAGGAGAAUAACGUCUCAGCUCUUUUGGAGUUACUCAAAUUGUUCUCAGAUAAACCUAGGCUGCUCGUCCACAUUUUCUGCAGAAAUGUAGGUCUUAAGACAUUCGCAGGACAUGAGAAACCUCGAUCUAUGUGGCUGAGUGAUGCAGUUACACACUUGCAGCUCUUCCAGAGUCUGGAAACUUAUUUGGAUACACUUGAUGUCAAAGAUGCGUUGCAAUCUUGGGUAGCUUUGCAGCCGUUUGCUCGCGAGUCUAUCAUGUCUACCCUGACAGCGCAGCGCAAAGCCUGUAUAUACCCUACUCUUAGAUGCUUGUAUAAAUUUGGUGUACAGGUCUUCGUGGCGCAAUCAUCUCUCAUAAUUGAGAAGAGAGUUCACCAGGACUAUCAAGAUAUUCUACAGAGAUUUGUCGAAUCUUGCAUACUUUUGAGUAGUGGUACUUCAGAUACCGGUACAUGGGCACUUCGAAAAGCGUUGGCUGGUUUAGAUGUCACAAACGUAACGGGUAAUAGUGAUUUUGCGGACAAUACCACGAGCAAGGCGGACGAGGUUGACGACAACUCCUUUAAUGAGAAUAUGAUUGAGAUACACACGUUCAUUGCCAAAGAAUUACUUGUCAAUAUCUCAAAGUUGAUAACAACGACUGAGAAAUUACAAAGUAUAGCUAACAACGUGUCUUAUUAUAUUGUUGCACCGGUGCUCAAAUCUCGAUCAAAAAAUUUCAACAGCACUUCUCCUCUAAUCGUAGAUAUGCUAACUGAAAUGACCAAACUUCCACAUUGUUCAAGAUCUUGGAGAGGUUUGGUCAGUGAUGUAUUCUAUGACAACAAAUUCUUCACGACUUCUGCAUCAUCGCAAUGGAAAUACCUCGUCAACGCUCUCAUGUCAACCGAUAAAGACAAGUUUGCAGAUCUAGUUAGUAGAGUUUCAAGCGCACCCUCAACCAACAUAUUCGCAAAUAGAGAAUAUGAAUCGCUGACGAGGGCUCUUAACUUGCGCAGACUUAGUUUCGCUAUCUAUGCAGGGGAUCCUGGAAGCUAUAUGUCACAGUUGACGAUUGUCAAAGAGAAGUUAGUCGAAGUUGUACGCAAUAAUGCCAUUACACCAAUAUCGCAAGCGGAGGUGUACUUAUGCUUAAGAGUCUUACUCAUACGAUUUAAAAGUGACAAUUUAACAAUGUUUUGGCCAAUUGUUAUAACGGAAUUGUUGCGAUUAUUUGAAAUCAUCAAAUCAGCACAGACAUCUGAACACUCAGAUUUAUUGUCAUUGCUUUUGAGCGCUUGCAAGUUUUUAGACACUCUUCUAGUUUUGCAAAACGAGGAUUUCCAAGUAUACCAGUCACUCUUUAUUACUGAUACAGUUGAUGCCAGUGCCAUAGGAGACCAUCAAGGGGGCAUCAUCGAUCAGAUAUCGCAACUAUUCGGCAAUCAAGAGAAAUUCGAUGGGCAGUUCUCUCCUCAGCUAGAAAACACUCAGCGUCAGCCGUUGCUCUUAAAUGUCAAACGAAUAGAAAGUGUACAAGACUUGCAACCAUUCUUUAGCUGUGUCAGUCAUGUAACGUUCAACAACGUUAUAGACAAACAAGAGGUUGAUUGGAAACUGCUGGACAGGACUAUUGGAGGUGAUUUUUUUGAUGAAUGAAUGUAUAGUGUAAUU